AUGCGUCGGGCCACAGUUCAGGCGCUCCAUACUGCUCGGCGAGCACCAGUAUGGCAAGUCGCCGGUAAACGGCCUAGUCCGCUCUCCUUCAACCACAACCAGGUACGAGGCUUGCGCCCAUAUUCUGGAGGUAGACGCCCGUCCUUUGUCCCCGCAGCUUUGCAGUCAUCGAUGUAUCUCCGCAACUUCUCCCUCGCUGUGAUCUCGACUGUCGUCGCCUCCGGGGCAUGGUAUGCGUAUCAAGGUGACAACGCUCAGUCACUCGCAACACAGGUUCGAGGAUUCGCAUCCAGCGCAAUUCUUUCCGCGCACGCCGAGGAUCCCUCCGAGUCGACUCGCCGCGCUCUCCUAGUGAGUAACGACCAGUUCUACACCGCGACUCUCUCCGGAGACCAGCCCCUACAGAAGACGACCGACGACUCUGACCGACGCGUUUUAAACAUGUUGACCCCGGAACAAGCUACGGAAAAGCUACGGAAAAAUGAGGAAUCUUAUCUGGUGAACCGGGGCAAGGGAGUUGUUCGAUACGAUAUCGUCCAGGUUCCUAGCAACUCCCCUAUUGAGGACGACCAUGCCGAGAAGAUCGUCGAGGUGCCAUCCUCUGUCGCUGGGAGCACGAAUGGAGAUCCGAACAGUGAUUGGAUGUUCUGGGCAGUAUUUGAUGGUCACUCCGGGUGGACAACUUCUGCCAAGUUGCGAAACGUGCUUAUUUCAUACGUUGCCCGUGAACUCAACACCACUUAUAAAGCUGCAGCAGCCGAUCCUUCGAUUCUUAGACCCUCAUCGGAGGCUGUUGACGCCGCUAUCAAGCAGGGUUUCCUUCGACUCGACGAUGAUAUUGUGAACAAGAGCGUGGACAAGGUUCUCAAGGAGAACUCGCGAAAUGUGGCCGCCGAGAUGCUUGCACCUGCACUCUCUGGCUCAUGUGCUCUCUUGAGCUUCUACGACUCACACUCCAAGGACCUCAAGGUCGCAGUUGCUGGUGACUCCCGCGCUGUUCUUGGUCGCCGAGGGCCCACUGGAAAGUGGACUGCCACAGCUCUUUCGGAGGAUCAGACUGGCGGUACCCCAUCGGAGAUGAAGCGCCUGCGGGAAGAGCACCCUAAUGAGCCCUAUGUGACCCGUAAUGGACGUAUCCUCGGACAACUGGAACCUAGCCGUUCCUUCGGUGACGCCACCUACAAGUGGACCAAAGACAUCCAAGACAAGAUCAAGGCCAAGUUCUUUGGUCGCACUCCCUCGCCUCUUCUGAAGACUCCUCCUUAUGUCACUGCCGAGCCCAUUAUUACCACUACCAAGGUUGACCCUUCAAAGGGCGACUUCAUCGUCAUGGCCACUGAUGGUCUCUGGGAGAUGCUGAGCAACGAAGAAGUGGUCGGUCUGGUUGGCCAAUGGCUCGAGCAACAGCAGUCCGGCGGUGGCAACAAGGCCUGGCUGCAGAGCUGGUUCGGAUUCAACAGCCAGAAGCAGCUGCCCGUUGAGGCAGUGGCGAGUGAUGCAUCGACCGAGGGCCAGCGUCGCCCGAUCCGGCAGCAACAGUAUGAUAUUUCUGGUGUGGCCGAUCGAUUCGUUGUCGAGGACAAGAACGUUGCUACUCACCUCGUCCGCAAUGCUAUGGGCGGCAAGGACACGGAUAUGAUGUGUGCUUUGCUCACUCUGCCGAGUCCGUACUCUCGCCGUUACCGUGACGAUGUCACUGUUGAGGUCAUCUUCUUUGGCCAGGGCACUGGCUCGCGCGGUACCGUUGAAAUCAACAAGGAGGCCAGCGCCUCUGAGGAGCCUCCCAAGGCGAAGCUUUAA